AAACACAAUCUUUUAUGAACACGCUCGUCUUCAUGUUUGUAAACUAACAGUAACGAUACGGUAAGAGUUCCAGUCAACUUCUACCGGACGACUGUGACACUGACUCCGGUCCUGCAAGCAUGUUCCAGCAGGACGAGACACCGCAGGAGGUCGCUGAAGAAUGGAAGCUGAAGAACCGGUACGAUGGUCAAAAGUUCGAGCAAAUCCAGGAGGAAGGGGGACAACCACCGUAUCAGCCCCACCAUAAACCUCAAUCAGCACAUCACCAGCCACAGCCGAGACUUCAAAAAGAAAAUAUUACAAGCCGCGCCCAUGUGGAACGUCAGCAUGAUGAAUCACGUGCUCAAUUCUACGUUAAUCCAAAACAAAAACAAAAAUUAAGGGACUGUAAUCCACCCCCAGAACAAGUACAGGAUCAGAAUCUGAUUGAAGAUGAAUAUGAAUUUAAAUAUAUGAAGGAUUGUAUCGAUCUGUUGAAACUGGACGAAGAUGAUGAUUUCUGCCAAAUUCAGUCUCAAGAAUUACCUCAGCACCAAACUGGAGGAAAUUCACAAAUGUAUCAGUUGCAAGGGCAAUCCGUUCAGUGCCCUGAAAUGAUUGACACCGUCAGCCAGCAACCCUACCUAACUGGACAACCAAACAGCGGGCCUCAGAGUCUGCUAAUGCAUUUAGAAGGGGAUCCGAACGAACCCGUUCUUUGUCCGAUGGCAAAACUACCUCACGAACCUUGUCUUUGGAAGGGUAUUAAGAGGUGGAGGAAAGGUCACAUCGAGAUGAAUCACUACAUGUACCUUUCUACAAACAAUUACGUCGCCCUGACUUUCAACAGAGUGGCCAUACUGAGCGUUUACACUGAAUACUUCCUUUGUUACACAGUCACAAAAGACGAUCCAAAGAAGUUGUUCUGCGUUGCCCAGCACGCCUGUCAGUCACAUAAUUGCAUGCUGACCUACCAGUACAGGUGUGAGAUUCGAGCUGCUAAUGGGUACGAGAAGAUAACAGAAACGCGACUGGUGGCACAUAUUGCGGACGAUUUCACAACUCUGAAUAAACUUGGUAAAUGCGUCAGAUUUGACGCAGAAGUGAUUACGUAUUUUGUUGGAACUGAUGAGCUGAAUGUCAAUUUUGAAAUUUCAAUCCCAGAACCAGUUUAGAUUAAGCUUUGCUUUUUUUUAAAAAAAAAAUUUGUUAGUUCUCACUAAUAUUUUACUUCUUAGAAAAACGCUUAAAUUUAUUCUCGGUAAACUGGCACUAUUAUUACCGCCUUCGACUUCAGCUGUACACAAUUAUUUUUGCCGUGGACAACUGAAAAAUUAGAUUUUAUUAUAAGUGGGCAUGACUGAGCUACAGACUAAGAUGGCUUUUAAUCUUAAAUUAUAAGUUUGAGAAAAACUAGUAUUUUGGAACAAGGAAAUAAGAAAAUUCUAAGGAGAAUGUUUACUUUUAACAAACAGGCAUAAGCAGAAAUGUGGACAAAAUAACUCGCAAAGGUAUUUUUAAUCCAUAAUGAAAUAUUAUUACAGUGAUUAUCUAAAAUAUCAUAUGGGGGGCACAUGUAUGGGGAAAUAAAUAAAUUCAUACAGAAUU